GGCCUGCGGGAAUUGCAGCAGAGGCAGAUGACAGCAGCAGCAGCAGGCACUGCAGCCCGCUUCUGCCAGGCGACAUCUGCUGCAGUCUGCUGCUUGCCUGCCUCCUUCUUCCCGGGCUCUCUGCUUGGCGCGCGGCUGGGCUCGGGAGCCGCCCUGACCUGAGCUCACCAUGCGCCGCGAGCCCUUCUGCCCCUGCUAGGCGUUGGCGGCGGCGUUGGCGGGGAAACAGCAGCAGCCGCCGCAGGAGGAGGAGCAGCAGCAUGGACGGUGCUCUUGCGGCGACCUCUGCCGAUUCCCCGGGUCCGCUGCGGAGGGGCAUGCUGAGUAAUCCUGCCGUCAAUGGGCGAGGACACGGAGACGCCGCAGAUUAACCAUGGCUUCCUUCGCGACCACAACUAUGUGACCGAAGGCCUGGCAUAGCAUGGGCAGCAACAGCCAUGCAAGCUUCCCCACACUGCCAUGCCAAUGUGUCUGAACCCUCUUCUGAAGAGAUCACUUCCGGAGGUGAGUGGGAAGCUGACAUUAUUUCAACUGUUGAAUUCAACCACACAGGGGAGUUGCUGGCAACAGGGGACAAAGGAGGCCGAGUGGUUAUCUUUCAAAGGGAACCAGAGAGUAAAAAUGAUCCAUACGGCCAGGGUGAGUACAAUGUUUACAGCACCUUCCAGAGCCAUGAACCGGAGUUUGACUAUUUGAAGAGUUUGGAAAUUGAAGAAAAAAUAAAUAAGAUAAAGUGGCUGCCUCAGCAGAAUGCAGGUCAUUCUCUCCUGUCAACAAAUGAUAAAACUAUUAAACUGUGGAAGAUUACCGAACGAGAUAAGAAACCUGAGGGAUACAAUUUAAAAGAUGAAGAGGGAAAGCUAAAAGAUCUUUCUACCGUGACCUCACUUCAGGUACCUGUACUUAAGCCUACAGACUUGAUGGUAGAAGUCAGCCCCAGACGCAUUUUUGCCAAUGGCCACACCUAUCAUGUCAACUCAAUUUCCGUCAACAGUGACUGUGAAACAUAUAUGUCAGCUGAUGAUUUGAGGAUUAACCUCUGGCAUUUAGCAAUUACAGAUCGAAGUUUUAACAUUGUAGAUAUAAAGCCAGCUAACAUGGAGGACUUGACAGAAGUUAUAACUGCAUCUGAAUUCCAUCCACACCACUGCAAUCUCUUUGUCUACAGCAGCAGCAAAGGCUCUUUGAGACUUUGUGACAUGAGAGCAUCUGCGCUUUGUGACAAACAUUUCAAGCUUUUUGAAGAACCAGAAGACCCUGGUAGCCGCUCAUUUUUCUCUGAAAUUAUUUCUUCUGUGUCAGAUGUCAAAUUCAGCCACAGCGGACGAUAUAUGUUAGCUAGGGAUUAUCUCACUGUCAAGGUUUGGGAUCUGAACAUGGAAACAAAGCCUAUAGAAAUAUAUCAGAUCCAUGAUUAUUUGAGAAGCAAGUUAUGUUCCCUUUAUGAAAAUGACUGCAUCUUUGACAAGUUUGAAUGUGCGUGGAAUGGGUCUGACAGUGUCAUUAUGACAGGGGCUUAUAACAACUUCUUUAGAAUGUUUGAUCGGAAUACCAAGCGCGACGUUACUUUAGAGGCCUCCCGAGAGAGUAGCAAACCCCGGGCAAUCCUGAAACCUCGCCGAGUGUGUAUUGGAGGCAAAAGGAGGAAAGACGACAUCAGCGUUGACAGCCUGGACUUUACUAAGAAGAUCCUGCAUACAGCAUGGCACCCAACAGAGAACAUUAUUGCGAUAGCUGCCACAAACAAUCUGUAUAUAUUUCAAGACAAAAUGAACUCUGGAAUGCACUAGGAUUGAUUCCUACUGUUCUUCUACAUAAACAUUUGGAAAGGUGUGAUAGGUGCGACCAGUGCUUGAGCUGAGGUGCUAAGCCCUUUCUUGGAAGUAAAUGCCACUGGAUUCAGUGGGGCUUACUUCUCAACAGGGGUCUGUAAAAUCAAGGUGAUAUAGAGAUGGAGAUGCCCUUUUAAGUAAUGCACUACUCAUGCCUUUGGAGAACCACCCAGAUAUUUCAAAUCACUGCAACAGUCGCAAAUGUUUCAAAAAUAAAUUCUCUGUUAAGAAGAGUUUACCUCUGACCUAUGCAUCAAUAGUUUUAUGUUAGCUUGUUUUGUAAAGAGUGAUCAUGCUCACAGUGGAAAUGUGGAAGAGACAAAUGUCAAGUUCACGUAUCAAAUAUGGGCUGACAGGCUGCACUUUGCUGUUUUAUGGGGGGAAAGGGUCAGGAAUUCAUGUUGCUACUGUAAUUUCUUUACUCCCUGGUGUUGCUUCAAGAAGAAUAAUCAUGGGUAGUGACCUAAAGAAAAGACUGAAGCCUCUGUAGCAAGAAUAGCCAGUUGAAUAUCUCUCAUCGAGUCCAUUUUCACUGCUUGUAUAAUUAGUGGCAAGGGUGGUCCUCACCAUUGCUUCAGCAAAUAUUCCAGUCAAAUAUCUGAAAGAAUAGAAGGAAUAAGAUGUUUUGGGGAAAGAUGGAUAUGGCCCCAUAGGUAGUAAGUCCAUCAGGUCCACAAAGCAUUGGUGUGUUUGAUUUCCCUUGGUGAAGAGCAAGCAAUUCUUGAAGCACAGAAUGCCACAAAUGCCUUAUAUCACAAUUACCAACCUAGGGCACAAAGAGAAUGCGCUUGCUGUGGGCUGGAACAUCUAACUGUACAUAUGCAAGAAGAAAGGGGAGUUCACAUUAUCAAAGAUGAAUGGAAAGAACUCCAGACUCAGUGGAAGCCCAACUACAGUUAUAGCAGUUUAAAGCAGUCUAGUUCUUACUCUCAUAGCUGACUCUAGCUUAAAUACACCAGCUCAAAGGGAAACACCAUAGAGGGAGUCAGAGAUUAUGAAAAACCAGUGGCAACCCAUCAUUUGCUCAGUCUUUCUGGAUCUAUAUCCUGCAGUCAUUCCUACUCCAGUACAAGUUUUAAGCAAUUUUCCUGCCAGCAUCAUCUUAGAGAGGCACAAAUAGAGGGUGAAAGGGAGAAACAUGCCAAGAGGAAGGUACAUCAAGUAAACCCUUGUUGUGAUCACCUUCACCCUGGAAAUCUAUGUCCUCAUUGUGGAAGACCAUGCAGAUUCAGAAUAGUCUCUACAGUCAUCAACCCACCCCUAAGACUCCUCCCUUAGAAGACAAUAAUAUUCGGCCAUGAGGGAUCAUCUAUGAUGAUGAUGAGCAGCUAUUAUUCAUCUUAUGAGUUCAUAAUAUACACAUUAACAUUCAGACUUGAUCUAAACUGGCUUAAUUUUGUUCCAUAAAGGGAAAAUAUGAGGGGACAGAUCCAUAAAGGGAAAAUAUGAGGGGACAGAUCUUCGUUCUACCUUGGAAUCUGCACAAUUGACUGAAUGUAGCAGGCUGCAUCACUUAGUCAUUAAAACCGCCACAGUACAGGUAAUUUAAGUAUUUUGGGAUAUUAAACCACUCCUCUGUAUAGUAUGGUUACUGCAUCAUGCGAUUUGAAAACAACUGCAUGUGUGAAGAGUGCGCAUUUCUAAAAACAGUUUGCUUAUUUCCUUUUUUUUACAGGGACUCAAACACUAAAAUGGGCUAUGUUACCCUUGAAAUGAGCAUAGGAAGAGAAACAUGGGAGGCGAAAGUAAUGUGCAUGUCAAUAAUUUCCAAAUUUAUUUCUUGCCCUUGUCCAUAAGACCAUAGCUGGUUGAAUUGGAUUUUCAUGGACUCUGUUUGCAUGUGGCUCCUAUGACAGUAAGGUGGUGAAUCUACUCCUUUUUAGUCCAGACUUUAAAAGAGUUACUGAGGAAUUGGACCUGUUUUGGGGAUAUAAGGUUCAGCAACUUGGAAAACAACUUUGGACUAAGCCUGCAGGUGAAUUACCACCACUCUGGUAUGGAAGCUGUGUCAGCUUCUCAGCCAUUCAUUUUGGAUUACUCUAAACCAAUGUUUUCCUAUCUUUGAUUCUCCAGGUGUUUUGGAUUCCAGCUCCCACAAUUCCUAACAACUGGUCAGAUGGCUGGGAUUUCUGAAAGUUGAAGUCCAAAAUACCUGAAGGACCAAAGGUUAGGAACCACUGCUCUAAACUAAUUUUUCAGGGAAAAGAAGUCGUAGAAUCCUAGAAUUAUAGAACUGGAAGAGACCACAAGGGCCAUUCAGUACAACCCCUGCCAUACAGGAAAAGAACAAUAAAAGCAUUCCCAACAGAUGGCCUUCAGCCACUGCUUAAAAACCUCCAAAGUCGGAGCCUCCACCACACUCUACUGCAGCAUAUUACACUGAUAAACAGCUCUUAUCAUCAGGAAGUUCUUCCUAUGUUUUAGGGAUAAUCUCUUUUCUUGAAAUUUGAAUCCAUUACUCCUAUUCUCUAGAGCUGAAAAAAAAGCUUGCUUUCUCCUCAAUUUGACAUCCUUUCAAAUAUUUAAACAUGGGUAUCAUAUCCCUUCUCAGCCUUCUUUUCUCCAAGCUAAACAUACCCAGGUUCCCAAGUCAUUCCUCCUAAAGCUUGGCUUCCAGACCCUUAAUCAUUUUGACCACUCUUCUCUGGACACCCUCCAGCUUGUCAAUAUCCUUCAUAAAUUGUGGUGCCCAGAAUUGGAGACAGUAUUCCAAGCAGAAUUAGAGUAUUACUUCCUUCAGUCUAGGCAUUUUUCUCCUAUUGAUGAAGCCUAGAAUCACAUUGGCUUUUUUAGCUGCUGCAUCACAUUGUUGACUCGCGUUCAGCUUGUCUACUAAGACUCCUAGUACCAUUUCCCAUGUAUUGAUUUCAAGCCAGAUGUCACCCAUCCUGUAUCUGUGUGUUUCAUUUGUAUUGUCCAAAUGAUGUAUCAUAUCAUACAUUUCUCCAUGUUGAAAUUCAAUUUGAUCCAAUUCUCUAAUCUGUUAAGGUUAUUUUGGAUUCUGAUCCUGUCCUCUGGAGUAUUAGUUAUCCCUCCAAAUUUGGUGUUAUUUGCAGAUUCGAUAAGGAUGCCCUUUAUUCUAUCAUCCAAGUCAUUAAUAAAGAUGUUGAAUAGCACUGGGUCCAAAAACCUGUGGAAUCCCAUUGGUCACGUCUCCAUUGGUAAGCACCUUUUGUGUUCAGCCAGUAAAACAAUUCUGCCAGUAAAACCCCCCUGACAGUAGCAAUGUCUGGUCUACACUUCACUAACCUCUUUGUGAGAAUCUCAUCCUAAUAGCUGGUAAAUAGGCUGGGGUUUCUGGAAGUUGUAGGCCAAAAACAUCUGGGGACCCCAGGUUGAAAACCACUGCCUUACUGAAAUCAAGAUAUUCUACAUCCACGGCAUUCCCUUAAUCUACCAAGCUUGCAACUUUAUCAAAAAAAGAAAGAGAAGGUCCGUUUGCCAUGACUUGUUUUUGAGAAACCCAUGUUGACUUUUUGUGAGUGUGGCGUUCCUUACAGUUCCUCAUAAAGAAAUGCAUAGGCUUGAAAAGUAGGAAGGAAAGUCUAAGCAGAUUCCAAGGCAGGGUGACAUAGGAAGCUGUGUCACCACAUGAAAUUAAUGAUCCCUGCCCCACCCUUUUCUUAACUGACAAUGGAUAUUUUUGCAUAGAAGCAUAACGCAUGUGCAUCACUUCCAAUAAUCCACAUAAAAGUAGAAAAUGCAUAUAAUAAUUUUAAGUGGAAAGAAGGAAUGUUUCCAGUUACAGUAUGCCCUUCAAGGUGGGUAGUAUUUAUGUAUAUUGUAUUCUAAUGCAAUCUGUUCUUCUUGUACAAAAAUUGUAUGAAUGCAGAAUACCAUGUAGCCAAAUUACGUUUUUAAUCUUUCUUCAUUAAUCAAAGCAGUUCACAAAUGCUGAGGGCAUUCAAGCCUUUACAACUGCAAAGACAGAUCUGUGCCGAGGGAUUAGUGGUAACCUCAGACAGUAACAAUGAUUUUACUUUGAAAACGACUUCCAUCUCUAGUCCGUUAUAUUUAACUCCCGAGUAUGGAAUUGGUUUAUAUGGAGACUUUAGAAAAAUUACAGAAAGAGACAGAGAGAGAGUUCCCUUGCAAAGUGUGUAAGCCCCAGACAAUUAGGAAAUAAAUUCUUGCAUAAAUACAGAAUGGGUCUCAUUCAUAUAAAGCUUCAGUUAGAAAAAGGAGGAACUAAAAUGGGAGUGUGAUAUAUUUAGACCUCUGGUACCACCAUUACAAUCCCAUUUCCUGGUUCUGUGAAUGUAAAAAAAAUGUACUUCUCAUUAUGAAUCCAAGAAAGCAAUUUAUUUCCUUCCAUUGGUUCUGGGCUUUCAGUGGUAGAGAAUGGUAAACUUGAUAAAUAUGUUUAUUUAGAAGGCUUCGUGGCUGUAUUUUUGUGCUAAAAAUUAUGCUGACUAUUGCUUGAACAUAUUUAUAAAUAUGUUGAUACCGGCUUUUUAAAUAAAAAAAACUUUCUUUUUAAAAAAUUAAA